AUGAUCUCCUCCGCUACAGCACGGAAAACUUGGAUAUUUAACGAAUUGGCCGAUAGAAACACGCGUGACAAGGAGAAUGGCGUGAUGUCGCUGAGUUUUUGGCAUGUCAAGCGCAAGAACUUGACAUCUUUGUUUGGCACGAAGCGCACAAUAAAUGAAAUGAUUUUAGGGGGAAGCGGGGGGGACGAAGAAACCACGGGCUUUGUGUUGCUAUCUCGGAUCGGGAGGACGGCGAAGCCAUUGAAAGUUGGUUGUGGGUUGGAAGUUGCGCAGAUACGGGGGGCCUGA